CUCCAGCCGUCCCGCCCCUCCCUUUCCAGAGCUCCCGGUUCCUUAGAAACCAGGCGGCGCGUACCCGGUGCCUGUGCGUUGGACUACGGGGCCCGCGCGUCCCCGCCAGCCUCCCUCUUGGCGGGCGGGUGGUGGGGGAGGCCGGUCUAGACCCAUGGUCUCCAGUGCAGCGCGGGACGGGCGAUGCCAGCAUGCCAGGAAGCCUUUUCCUGCUUGCACACUACCUGUGGACCUGUUAAGGAUGGCUGUUCUCUGUGCCACACACAGAUUUCUGUUGCUCUACCUAUACUGAAUGACAGAUACCUAUAGAGCCAUGUUUGACCAGGACUGUGGGAAGUUCGUAUUCAUGCUGGAGGCUCUUGUGAGGAGAUGAGUUGAUGGACAGAGAAACCGGCAUGAAGAUGCUCCCAGGAGUGGGCGUGUUUGGGACCGGCAGCUCCGCCCGGGUUCUGGUCCCACUGCUGAGGGCAGAAGGGUUCACCGUGGAGGCCCUGUGGGGGAAGACUGAGGAGGAGGCAAAGCAGCUUGCUGAGGAGAUGAACAUCACCUUCUACACCAGCCGGACCGAUGAUGUCUUGCUGCAUCAAGACGUGGAUCUUGUGUGCAUCAAUAUCCCCCCUCCACUGACGCGGCAGAUAUCUGUGAAGGCUCUAGGUAUUGGGAAGAAUGUGGUUUGUGAGAAGGCAGCAACCUCAGUGGAUGCCUUCCGGAUGGUGACCGCCUCACGCUACUACCCACAGCUGAUGAGCCUGGUGGGAAACGUGCUGCGCUUCCUGCCCGCCUUUGUGCGCAUGAAGCAGCUGAUCGCAGAGCACUAUGUGGGCGCAGUAAUGAUCUGUGAUGCCCGCAUCUACUCAGGCAGCCUGCUCAGCCCCAACUAUGGCUGGAUCUGUGACGAGCUCAUGGGUGGUGGGGGCCUGCACACCAUGGGCACCUACAUUGUGGACCUGCUGACCCACCUUACUGGCCGGAGAGCCGAGAAGGUACACGGGCUGCUCAAGACCUUCGUGAGGCAGAACGCAGCCAUCCGUGGCAUCCGCCAUGUCACCAGUGAUGACUUCUGCUUCUUCCAGAUGCUCAUGGGCGGGGGGGUGUGCAGCACAGUAACACUUAACUUCAACAUGCCAGGCGCCUUUGUGCAUGAGGUCAUGGUGGUGGGCUCUGCAGGACGCCUUGUUGCCCGAGGAGCGGACCUCUACGGGCAGAAAAACUCUGCCACGCAAGAGGAGUUGCUCUUGAGGGACUCGCUGGCCGUAGGGGCAGGGCUGCCUGAGCAGGGGCCCCAGGAUGUCCCGCUGCUUUACCUGAAGGGCAUGGUCUACAUGGUGCAGGCCCUGCGCCAGUCCUUCCAGGGGCAGGGGGACCGCCGCACCUGGGACCACACCCCUGUCUCGAUGGCCGCCUCGUUCGAGGAUGGGCUGUACAUGCAGAGUGUGGUGGAUGCCAUCAAAAGGUCAAGUAGAUCCGGGGAGUGGGAGGCUGUGGAGGUGCUGACGGAAGAACCUGACGCCAACCAGAACCUCUGUGAGGCGCUCCAGCGGAAUAACCUGUGAGCCUGCACGUGGGCUCCCUGCCCCCGGGUCGGAGGGGCCAGGGGCAGGGGGGACCAGAAGCUGAGGCGGGCAGACUCGGCCGGAGCACAGACAGUGUCUUUCAUUUCACCAGUGAACUUGGGCAGGGCCCAGGUGAAGCCCAAGGUGGCCCUGGGAAAACACCCCCUCCACUGCUCAUCUACUCCUCACACUUGCAGGGUGCUGAUGUAGCUGAGGGCCAGCACAGUGAAGCGGGCUGGAGCUGCCCCCGCUCUCUGCGCAGUCACGCUGGGAAGCAGAGCCAGCCAGAGCUUGACUUGGAGGCUGCCUUCGCCAAAUGGUGGUCCUAACUAGGUGAGGAAGCAUGGCAAGAACCCAGCUUGGCUGGUUCCUCACCUGAGGAAACAUGACAAGAAGCCUUGUUUUCAUGCCCUUCCUGGGCUAGGGCAUCUCAGGAAUGGUGAGGGCAUUCAGUCGUCCCUCAGGGAUCCGCACCUGUCGUCCUUCCCGUGUGACCAGGCCCUUCCAGCCUCUAGGCUGCCCCUUCCCUGGCAGGGAGGAGGGGUUGUUCAUUAGGUAAGCUCUCAGGGGCUGUUGACCUGGGGGCAAAAGGGCCUGUGACUUGGCAGAGAGGAGAUAGGGAGGGUUCUGGAAUAUCUGAUAAAUGUUCGUAAAUAAACCAGAAAGUCUGACACUA